CGCGAGUGCGUGCGCGAAUGCCUGUGUGUGCGUGUGUGUAUGUGUAAGCGUGCGGGGGUCUGGCGUAUUUCGGUUUCAUUAAAUUUUUAGAACUUUAGAUGCAGCUGCACGCCGGAACGAUGGUGCCAGCAAUUGUGCUUGGCCUCCUGCUGCUAUGUGGCUCGACCAGUGCCUGGCACUCGGAGGAGUUGGAGAUAUUCGAUCUGAUCGAAGAGGUCAAUAAAAACUUCUACGAGUUUAUGGGCAUUAAUCAGACUGCCACGAAUAAUGAAAUCAAGCGAGCGUUUCGCACCCUCUCCAUUGUGCUGCAUCCGGACAAGAAUGCGGCCGAGGAUGCCAACAUUCAGUUUCGCAAUCUCGUCUCCAUCUACGAGGUUCUCAAGGAUGCGUCCAAGCGCGAAAAAUACGACAAAGUGUUGCGCGAUGGAAUGCCCAACUGGAAGUCUGCCCUGUAUUAUUAUCGUCGCAUGCGCAAGAUUGGCCUCUACGAGGGUGCAUUCAUCCUAUUCCUGAUCAUUACCGUCGGCCAGUAUUUGUUCGCCUGGGCCGCCUAUCUUGAGAAGAAGUACACGGCGGAACAGGUGUUUGGAACGAAGCUAAAGAAGCUGCAGAAACGUAAUAAGAACAUCGAUAUGGAUGUCAUUUUCAGUGAGAUUCCCAUACCAUCGCUUCUCAAUACGCUGCCCAUUCAAAUACCAGUGGCUAUCUGGAAUCUGCCCAAGACCAUUCAAAAUGCAUUUAGCAAGGCCAACGAGCUCAAGGAACUGGCGCUGGAGAAGCGCAGACAAGAGCUGGAAGCGGCACGUCGCCAGGAAGAACUGGAGCGUGAGGCUGAGGAGCAAGUGCGUCUGCGUAAGGAGCACAAAGAGAAUCUACGCAAGCGCAAACAGAACACAAAGGCGCCGGAGAAGACCGCCGAAGAGUUGCGCGGCUACUCGCAAAUCCAAGAGCGCGAACUCACCGAGGAUGACGCCAUCCGACCUGCUUCGCAAAAGAGUACAGUCAGUGGCGGCUUUUGGACAGACGAGGAUCUGACAGAGCUUAUACGGUUGGUUAAAAAGUAUCCAGGGGGUGCGGGCAGUCGCUGGAAUACAAUAGCCGAGUCCAUGAACCGCACCGUGCAAGAGGUUACCUUUAUGGCGGCCAAGAUGAAGGAGAAUGGCUAUCGCAUACCUGGACAAUCCGAAAGCGUGGCCGAGAACAUUGUGCAGGAGUCGCAGCAGGCGGUGCGCAAGGAGAAGGUCAAGAAGAGCGCUGGAACCGCCAAUGAGAAGAGCAUGCUUAUUCCAGAAACGAACUGGACACAGGAACAGCAGCGCGCCUUGGAGGCGGCCAUUGUUAAAUAUCGCAAGACGGCUGGUGGAGGCGAUCGUUGGCAAAAGAUUGCCAACAGUGUGCCGGAAAAGACCAAGGAGGAGUGUCUGGUGCGCUACAAAUACUUGUGUGAGCUAGUCAAGACACAGAAGAAAGCUGAAGAGGAGGAGGCGGAGGCGGAUGAGGCGGCUGUGCUUGCUGAAGCGGAGGAGCAGGAGGAGGAGGAGGUGGAGAUGGAAGAUGAGGCAACAGCACCUGCAUCAGCUACUGCUCCAGCUACGGCGCCAGCAAAAAAGCUAAGCAAACGCGAACAGCGACGACGUAAACGCGAUCUGUCCAGCGACGAGGACUCCGAUGAUGCAUAUCAGUAUGAGAUCAGUUAGUUCAGUUGUCAGUCCCACCGACAAUCCUCGCAAUGCCCCCGACACUUGGCCAACAAGAUUUAUGCUCAAAAAACCAGAAAUAGCACAAUUUGUGUAAGCGAAAUGGGAUCAUCAUCGUGCGAGCGAGACAACAAAACUGAAUUAUACGUCAGCCAAAAAGUUGAAUCAACUUAAACUAUCAACUAAACUACUUACAUACAUGCAUACAUAUACAUAUAUAUAAUCUCGGAUUAAAGUCCGGAUUCCCUAUAUAAUUGUACAAAUUUAUCACAACUUUUCUCUCGCUCGUUUCGGUUUUCCCCCAAUGCUGUUAAUAGUUGUUUUAAUUAUCAAUUUCCAUCUAAAUUUAGUCGGAGUGUCCAAGGAGCUUUAGAGAUUAGAUUAUAUUUGAUAUACAUUUUUGUGGCUCAAAAUUGAAUGUACCAACAUUUAGUUGCAUAAAAUUUAAUUUGGAUUUCACGUUAACGUGUUACGUCAAAUCG